UGAUAGACCGUCGGCGAAAGUUCCUGCACUCAAGAAAAACCAAAACUCAAAACGGAUAUAAGGAGACAGAAAAGCUAUUUGGAAAAUUUAUAAGUGGAUAUUCAUGAUAUUUAAAGUAUUAUGAUGCUGUAGAGAAUCAUGAAAGCUAAAAGACAGAAAUAAUGCCUUGUAUUGUAAAACAUCAAAUGUGUGGGUGUGACUAGACUAGCCAAUCAAAAGUGUGGGUGUGACUGGACACGCUCGUUUAAAAAAAAGGAUGGAGAGAACCAAUGUGGACCUGGAGCCUAAUGAUGAACUGACAGUUUUCAUCCCAACUGACUGCAAUGGAAAGAAAGAGGAUGAUUCAGAGGUCAAGCUGGUGAAUGGUAAACAUAAAAAAGUGGAAGUGGAAGAGGAAAGGGAACAAUGGACCAGGGGUCUUGACUUUGUGCUGUCCUUGAUUGGCUACGCUGUGGGUGUGAGUAACCUGUGGAGGUUUCCGUACCUCACUCUCAGAAAUGGUGGAGGUGCAUUUCUCAUCCCAUUUUUCUUUUUCUUGACCAUGUGUGGUAUCCCAUUGUUUUACCUGGAGGUCUGCUUGGGUCAGUUCUCUGGGAUCAGUUCAAUGUUUGUAUGGAAGUUAUGUCCCUUGUUUAAAGGUAUUGGAUAUGGGAUGGUGAUUGUAUCCGGAAUGGCUUGUAUAUAUUAUAACGCUGUGCUCUCCUGGGUAAUUUAUUACUUGAUCAAUAGCUUCUACCCCAAGCUGCCUUGGGCGCACUGCGGCCACUGGUGGAACACUGAUCUGUGCAUCGACCACGGGGGUGACCGUCCUGACCUCAACAGCUCCCGCCAUCUGAACUUGUCCCAUCAGCUGAACUUCUCACUGAGCACAAAUGAGUCUCUGAAUGCUAACUACAGCCAGGCUUGCAGGGGAGGUCACUGUGAUGUCAAAUAUAGGACAGCUGCUGAGGAGUUCUGGCAGUUUAAUGUGUUGAGAAAAUCACCUGGCCUGGAAGAUCUGGGUGACCUGCAGGUACACAGUGCCAUGUGCCUGCUAGCUGCAUGGAUUCUAGUCUGUCUGUGUCUCAUCAAGGGAGUGAAAUCUUUGGGCAAGGUUGUUUAUGUGACAGCUCUUCUGCCGUACGCUCUCUUGACCAUUUUUCUUAUUCGUGGAUGUAUGUUACCUGGAGCUAUUGAUGGAAUCCUGUUUUACAUCAAACCUGACUUUGAGAAGCUCCUGAGCUUUAAUGUGUGGGUGGAAGCGUGCGUUCAAGUUUUUUAUUCGCUUGGUCCAGCCUGGGGAGGGCUGAUCACCAUGGCCAGCUUCAACAAGUUCAAUAAUAAUUGUUUUAGAGAUGUGAUGAUUGCGUCAUUAGCUGAUGGGUUGACCAGCUUUUAUGGUGGUUUUGUUAUAUUUGCUGUGGUUGGCUUCAUGGCUAAAGAGGCCAAUGUCAGUGUCACAGAUGUAGCCACACAAGGUCCUGGCCUGGCUUUAGUGGCUUACCCUGAGGCCAUCUCCAAGUUGCCAGUGCCUCAGCUUUGGGCUGUACUGUUUUUUAUCAUGCUCCUCUCACUAGGCUUGGAUAGUCAGUUUGGGAUGUUUGAAACUGUUGUGGCUGGUCUCAUAGAUGCAUUUCCAAAACAGUUGCGUAAAAAACGCAUGUGGCUCACCUUUGGUCUAGCCUUGAUAAGCUACUGUGUCUCAUUGCCGAUAGCAUCCCAGGGUGGUAUAUAUGUGUUCACUCUUCUGGAUUGGUUUGUCGCAGCUUUUUGUGUGAUGAUAACUUCCCUGAUUGAAUGUGUUGUUGUUGCCUGGGUCUAUGGUGUUGAUAGGUUCUGUGAUGAUAUUGAGAUGAUGCUUGGAAAAAGACCUGGACUUUUUAUCAAACUUUGUUGGACUUUCAUCACCCCUGUUGUCAUGCUUGCUGCCUUUAUCUUCACCUGUGCCAAGUAUAGUUUACCUGUGUAUGAUGGCUACAUCUUCCCAUUGCAUGCCAAUGUGAUUGGCUUCUUCAUUUCUAUGAUACCCCUCAUCCCAAUACCUGUUGGUAUGGUCUAUGUUAUCUACAAUCAAAACGGAUCGCUUUUACAACGUAUAAAGGCUUCGCUACAUCCAUCUUCGGAUUGGGGUCCGGCAUCAAAACAGCUCCAAGCUGAAUAUGAGGAUAAGAAAGAAGCCUACAGACAGCGUCCUCAUUGGUUAAUUAGUUUAUUUCGGCCACAAAAUUUAUGAUAAUUAACCCUCAUUAGGUCAUAUAGUUUUUGUUUGUUUACUUUUUGGCUGUUUGCAAUGAAAAAAAAACCUGCAGGAAUGCCAUCAUUAAAGUGAAAGAGCAUUCUAACAGAUGUUCAGUAUUAUUUGAUCUUUAGAGGAACAUACAUCUCUAUGUUGUUGGAGUUUAUAAAUCUUAUUUGAUAUAGAUUUUUUUUUUCUUGAAUUGAAUGAGAUAACACAUUAUUUUUUAAGAAAAACUGUCCUACGUUAAAAGAUAGCAUUAAAAAUAAAUGGUACACUUUUUCUUAUUUAUAUAUAUUUAUCAUUUUAAAUAAGUAGUUAGAGGCAUAAAUUCAAUAAAUUUUUUUUAAAUGUUCAAAAUUUCCAUUUUAGUUUUAAAAUUUUCCAAAUAUAAUUUUUGAUCUGGCUAGCUUUAGGAUUUUUACCAUAGCCUAUUUAUUAGAAACUGCUAUUGUAAAAUGUUUAGAGUUUAUUUCUGUUGAUUAAUGCUAAAACAUUUCUCUUCCCAGUAUGUGUGCAAUGUAUAUUUAAAAUUGUAAUAAAUUGUUCAUGGUUUAAGUUAAACUGGUGACAGUUUUUUUUAUUCUUACAAUAUAAUAUACAAUUCUUCAUCAGUUGGCAUAUCAAUAUAUAUCUAUUUAUGUAUGACUGGAAUAGUUUUGUUGUAUUUGUAUCAAUUAAACAAAAUUAGAUUGAUUAUUAAGAUGUAUUAGAGAUUGCUUUUAUGAACAACUGUGAAAUGCCAUGUUUGUUUUUCCUUUAAAACUUGAAGCUGGUUUCACAUAUUUUUAAUGUGAGAAUAUUUAAAUUGUUCAAGUGACACAUUUUUCUUUAUCAGAAAACUCAGUGUCAAAAUGGCUGAUUAUUAUACAGUAUACAUUUAUUUAACCAUUAAUUUAAAAAAAGUAGUUAACUAAUCUUUUUUUAUUAUUACUCUGACAUUGAUAAUCAAGUUCAUUAACAAAAUUGACUUUGUUGAACUGUUUCAUGGGAUUGUAGAACUUUUAAAGCCAGUGGUAUGAGAAUUUAUUUUAGUUCAUGCACAUUUUUUUGUCAAGUAUAAUAUUUUUUGUUCCUUUUAUUUAUAGUAGCACAAUAAUUAGAAGAAUCACUACUUCUUUUUCAAUUGAGCAUUUAAAGUUAGUGUUAUUCUUUUUUUAAAGUUAACUUAUUUUAGAAUUCAAAGAUUUUAUUUAUUUAGAAGAAGUGUAUUGAUAAGAAGGGUAACUACUUUAAAAAAAAAUAAACAUGUUUGUUUCAUAGCUAAAAUUUAAAGCUUGAGUGUAAAUAAACGCAGAUACUUGUUAUUUAUAAUUAUCACUCCAUACAAAACCUAGUCUUAAUAUAAAACAAAAUGAACAUUGUAAUUAACAUUUAAAAUACUAAAAUAAGAAUAUUAUUCAACAAAUAAAUUAUGACUAUUGUAAUGUGUUCCACUGUCUCAUAUAUGUGAAGUGAUAUUGACCUUUUCAUGACCAGAUUAAAAAAUCUUUAUUUUUGGUAUAUAAAUAUCAUUUAUUUUGUAUCCAUUUGAAAGACAAUACAAUUUUUAAAAAUUGAAGUUUGUGAUAAAUUCUAUGACAACAUUCUUUUGUGUUCAUAUUGACUUUUUGUAAAAAAAAAUAAUUUUGUAUCAAUUUUUGCAGUGUGCUUUUAUUUUGAAUUUUUCUUUUCUCUACAUUACCUUCAAUAUCAUAAACUUCAAUGAUAAAACUAUCUAUCAAGAAUAAUUAACAAAAUAUAGUUUGACUAAAAUUUCAGAUUUAUUUUAGUGUUUUAUUUCUGAGUCUGUUAAAAUUUUUUUCAAAACUGAGGAAGUAAUUUUUUUUUUGAAAUAUAAGAAAAACAAAUGCAAGCAUUACGAUUUGAGAAUGAGUAUGCCAUUUUUAGUUAAUUUUAAAAAUCAGCUUUAUUUGAUGUAAAAAUUUCAAAUUUGUGACCGAUUGUCAAAAUGAAGCAAUGAAGUAGUAAUGACAAGUUUUAAAUGUACAUUGGGUUUGAAAAACUCUCAAUCAUAGAAAUUGAAGUAUUUUGAAAUAGAAUAUAAUUUAACUUCAUCAUCUAUUUUUUUCAAUGAUAUCCCACCACACACUGCAAUGGACUGAUAAUUUAUUUGCUUAAAAAUGUCUUUUUUGUCAAUGUUUUUCAAAUGUGUUCUGUUUUUUUUUUCUUUUAUAACUUGUAAUACAAUCAAAGCUCUUCUGAAUAAUUUAUGGACCUUAAAUUUUAUAUAUGUUGAUACUACUACUAAUGACAAACAUUCAUGAAAUUUUGUGCUGAAUGACAAGUGUUAUAUCCAAGGUGUAUUUUGUUCAUUUUAUUACCUAUGAUUAUAAUAAAGAAUUUUACAUUCCA